GUGGCCGAAGGGCGAGGGGACCCAAUCGAUGCACUCUCCACUGAAGAAUAUGAAGACUGCCGUAAGGGCUUGGUGCAUCUACAGCAACUGACAAAUAUUUGGCCCUCCGUCAAACGACUCGACGGGGAAGUCGUCUGUGUAGGCAGCAAAGCAGAGGUGAUCGGGGUGCACAGCGAAAUCUGGAAGGGACUCUGGCUCGGCGAAAUACAUGUUGCACUGAAAGUCCUCCGAGGAGUUCGAGCAUCAGAAGGAGCACAGAACCGUUUUCUGCACGAGAUCGAAAUCUGGUCAAAGCUCAAGCACCCCCAUAUUCAACCGUUCUUUGGUGUCGUGGCCAAGUCAGUACUACACCUCCGUGUGGUCUCGCCGUGGAGACCGGAGGGAAAUCUGCUUGAGUAUAUAUGUUGGCGCACGAAUGGCGCAAAUAAAGGACACCUGCUGUGGGGCGCAGCGAGUGCCCUCGCGUACCUUCACGAUGAAGACAUUGUGCACGGGAACGUACUCAUAAUCGUUCAGGGAGAGGCAUUGCUGUGUGACUUUGGGAUGGCCAAAUUAGAAGGGGAUGUCAAUGGAACACCAGCCAAGACGAUAACAGGCUCGGGAACGUCACGUUGGCUCGCGCCGGAACUCCUCAUUGAGACUGCACCCAUCACGGCGGCUUGCGACACCUGGUCUUUCGGCAUGACAAUGCUCGAACUUUUUACAAUGCAUGCGCCAUGGGCAGAAAGGACGCGAGACGCUCAUGUAGUCCAAGCGUUGGCCAACGGUGAUAUACCCAAUCGACCACAGAACAUUCCGGAGCUAACAGACGAUGUUUGGGGUCUGUUGUUGGAGUGUUGGGAUAGGAACCCUGGUGCCCGACCAAGCAUGAGCACGGUCACAUCGCGCCGGAUACAGAAGGAGUGAGAUGCAUAUGGGGACUGGGAGGAGGCCUAGUACGCACGUGGGAGUAGACCGCGUUUGGAGAUGUUGGAUGUCGAGUCUUCUGCACAGGCCAUAGCAAUAUUUAUGCCAUAAUCGAGCGUGCUAUUGAGUCCAUGUCGUGGCGCGCCGCCUCGGACUUCAUUUCAAGUUGAC